UGCGCAUGCGCGUGGCGGGUGCAUUAAUCGUUCAGCAGAAGCAACAUUCUAAAACAUGUCUGAUAAAGGAGACGUGGAUUUAACGGGGGCAAAGCAGAACACAGGAGUGUGGCUCGUCAAAGUGCCAAAGUACCUCUCACAGCAAUGGGCGAAAGCAUCUGGCAGAGGCGAGGUCGGCAGACUCAGGAUCUGCAAGAAAGGAAAUCAAGGAAAACCUGAGGUGUCUUUCACGUUGAAUGAAGAACUCACCGUGAUUGAGGGGAUAGAGGACAAGACGGUGUCUGCUCCUCGAGAACACCCGUUCACCAUGCAGUCGGUGGGAGGUCAGAUGUUGGCGGUCUUCACCGAGACCUCAUCAGGCCAGUCAGAAGAGAGAUCUGAUGGCAGCAGCUCAGGUUCGGGGGCGGGGGCAGGUCCAGAUAAAAUAGCCUUAGAGGGUGUGGUAGUGCAAAGAGCCGAAUGCAGACCUGCCGUUAGUGAAAGCUACAUGAGGCUAAAGAGGUUACAGAUCGAAGAGUCGUCCAAACCGGCCCGGUUGUCCCAGCAGCUGGAAAAAGCCGUCACAAGCAACUACAAACCGGUGGCCAAUCACGAUUACAAUCGAGAGUAUGAGAGGAAAAAGAAGGAGGAGGGCAAGAGAGCGAGGGCCGACAAGCAGCAGGUGUUGGACAUGUUGUUUUCUGCGUUUGAGAAGCACCAGUACUACAACAUCAAAGACCUGGUGGACAUCACCAAACAGCCCGUGACUUACUUGAAGGAAAUCUUGCGUGACAUUGGGAUCUACAACGUAAAGGGAACGCACAAGAACACGUGGGAGCUGAAGCCCGAGUACCGACAUUAUCAAGGAGAGGAAAAAAGUGAUGAAUAGCUUUUUCUUACACCACGGGAGUCACUUGGAGAGCAGACCUUGUCUUGUUUUCCUGAUUGAAGACACACUGGACAGUGAAGUCACGCGUAUGUUUUAUAGGUAAAGGUUUUUAAUUGUCUCAUCUUCAUAGGGAAAAUAAUUUUUCAGGUUUUGUAAUUAAAUUGUGCACUUCAUUAACAGUACGGAGCCACUGCAUUUAAAUUUAUAUUUGACAAAUAGACUGUAGCAUUUUAAAAAGUAAUACAUAAACUGAGGGUCAUGUGGACAAAUCUUAGCGUUUUGUAUAUGGUAUGUUGAAAUAAAGGGUUUAUUGUACUGCUAAUAAAUUUAACAUUUAAAUAUGUAUCAAGUAUUAAAAAAGAUUCGGUACCAAACAUUUUUCCCCCACUGGUGUCACUCCUAUUCGAUUGUUGGACUGCAUUUCUUUAAACCAAUAAA